AUGGCGACGGAAGGGAAUGAAAAUCCCUACGAAGGCGGAACCGGAGGCAAGUUCCGUAAACGUCCCCUCCGCAGGACUCAAACGCCGUACGAUCGUCCCCCGACGGCCCUCCGAAACCCUAACAGAAACAACAACGGCUGGCUUUCGAAGCUGGUUGAUCCCGCCCACAGACUCAUCACUCAUGGCGCUCACUCUCUCUUUUCGUCUCUUCUCCGAAAGCGUCUUCCCCCUCCCCCUCCCCCUCCCAUUUCUUCAGGGAUGGAACAAGAAACGAGGCAAGACAGUCUACAAGAAGAAGCUAGACAGGUUGCAAAUGAAUCUCCUGGCAAUCAGCAAGGAGCAGUUGGUGAAAGUAAUGUUCAAAUUAAUUGUUCUGACUCAGAUCAAGGUGGAUUAACUGAACUUGAGAAACUGUUAAAGCAGAAGACUUUCACCAGGUCUGAGAUUGAUCAUUUGACAGCCCUUAUGCAGUCAAGGACUGUAGAUGCACCUAUUAGGGGAGAAGAGAAGAGUCCAGAAGUGAUUCCCUCAGAACCUAUGUUAUCUUCUCGACAAAAGGAGGAACAUCCCAAAACACCUACUGUAGAAAAUGGGAUUGAAAACAAUCUUGUAUUAUCUCAACAAGUUACUCCGAGUGUUCCUAUUGAGGAUGUUGCUUCACCUGCAGAGCUUGCAAAAGCUUACAUGGGGAGCCGGCAUUCCAAUGUAUCCUCAGCAAUGCUUGGUAUGCGAUAUCAUGCUCACGGGGAAGAUUCAACUCUUCUAAAAAGUGAAAAUUUUCCAUAUAAAUCCCCUAGUAUGUCGAUUGUGCCAAGGGCUACUAGACACACUGCAGCUCAUGAAAAUGGUUUUGUGACCCCAAGAUCUCGUGGCAGAUCUGCAAUAUAUAGUAUGGCACGUACACCAUAUGCCAGAAUUUAUCCAACCUCUACUCUCAAGGGUGGUGGACGUGCUGUUCAAGAUGAGCCUUCAUCUUCAACUCAGUCUGCAAUAGAUCAUGGCAUGCUUUCUGGAUCUACACAAGGGGGGAUAAAGCGUAGAAAUUUAGCAGUGGAUAAUAAUAUAGGAUCUGUUGGUCCUAUACGCCGAGUCCGUCAUAAAUCGAAUCUUCUAUAUUCUAAAGGCUCCAGCUCACCUCUUUCUGGCAGUGCUCUAUCUCUCUAUAGGAACGGAUUGGGUAUUGAUGCUGCUCAGCAACCCUCAUCUUCCUCGCGUAAGCCUGUUAUGCUCGAUGAAGUUAAACACAAGUCUGAAGAAAAUGUUAAUGGAACUAAACCCAGUACAAGCUUUCCCCCUUUUUCCUCAAAAUCCAGUGAGAUGGCUACAAAAAUAUUGCAGCAACUUGAUAAGUUAGUUUCCCCCAAAGAAAAAUCAUCUGAAUCAAGGCUACCAGUUGUACAAGGUAAUAAAUUGGAUGGCACAUUUGGAAAUUUGUCUCCCAGUUCCCAGAAUCAGAAGUCAAUUUCACCUAGAGGUAAGGGUGAAAAUGGUCCAUUAAAGCUUCUUGCUCCUUCCAAUGAAGUAGUUCAUGUUGUAACCACCACAGAUACCACAAAGCCAAGGAAUCAAGUCUUGUCUAGUGAAAAUUGUUUUAUGAUGAAAUCAAUUUCUUCCCCUUCUCAAAAGAAAAAGGCAUUCCAUAUAAGUGCACAUGAGAAUUCUCCGGACCUGGAUGAUAAUGCUUAUAGAGCCAUCUCUUCUCCCGCGGAGAAAGAAACAAGAAGCUCCACUGCUAUGGUAGAUAAAAUUUCUUCUGGUUCUGAUGUCAUUGCACAUAAAAGUCCCUCAACAUUGUCUAUGGUAUUGCCAUCCACAAGUUUUACGAAAGUUGGUGAAGGGCCUAAUGCUGAUGAGAAGUUUGAGGUGUCACCUAUCUCUGAUCCAAACAACAAUGCAGCUACAAUUGCAACUACAGCGGUUACAGUAACAGCUUUUGGUUCUGACAAGCCUGCUUCACCAAAUGGAUCAAUUUCUAAUCCUUUGUUUAAUUUGGAGAAUAAGAUUAUUUCGCCAGCAGAGAUAUCAACUUCAGUUGCUUCGUCAAAGGAGACAGCCAAAUCAGCUUCGGUAUUUGGUUUGGAGAAGGCUGUUCCCUCAAAGGAGGGCGGUCCUGAUGCUUCACCCGUGAACUUUGACACCAAUCAAAAUGUUUUCAAGGUUCCUCCAAUCCCAUUUACUACUUCAUCCAUAGUUGGUGGUGAAUCUUCUCUGAAAUUUGGUGCUUCUUUUGGCUCUCAGCCGGGAGGCUCAACCAGCUUCACUACUGUUGCUGGUUCGACUGGUUCUAUGCAAAAAGUUCGUGAAUCUGAUGGUGGUGAUGCUGAGACUACUACAAAUACUGGAUUUUCUGUUAGGGCAUCAGAACUAGCGGUUUCAUCUGCAGCACCUGCAUCAUUGUCGACACCACCAAACAGUAUAUUCAAAUUUGGUGUUAGUUCAAAUCAAAAUAAUGGGUCCCUUGCUUCAGGCCCCUCAUUCUCUUCUUCCUUUCCAUCUCUCAUAUCAAAUAACUUCAGCAACAGUUCAAAUCAAAAUACUGGAUCCCUUGCUUCAGGCCCUUCAUUCUCUUCUUCCUUUCCAUCUCUCGUAUCAAAUAACUUUAGCAACAGUAGCUCUUCUCUUUCAGCAAUCGGUGGCAUUAGUGCUACUGCUGCUUCCACUGGAGUUAGCAUGGCAACUUCCUCCACCCCAGUGAUGGCAACUUCUUCAACUUCCUUUUUCAAAUUUGGUGCCUCUCCUGUCACAUCAUCAGGUUUAUCUGUAUCAUCUUCUGUCUCAAAACCACUGGAAACUAGGAGCCAGCAAGAUGCUGGAAUAGGUAAUUUUAGCAGCACUGCAUUUGGUAGUUCAUCUGCUGCAGGUGGAAGCACAGGGAGUGCCAUUUUUGGGUUCAGCUCUUCAGCAAUGACAACUGGAGCGAGCCCGUCUCAGUCUUCUUUUGGUGCUGGUAGUGGUUCUAUGUUUGGUGCCCAUUCGUCUCCUGCUGGUGGAUUUGCACCUUCUAAUCAGACCCAGUCAGUUCAAUCACCUGCAUCAUCCCCAUUGUUUGGUUUGACUGGUAAAACAGAUUUUUCUUCGGGGAGUUCUUUUUUGCCUUCUUCAAGUUCUGCCACAAAUAUAUCUUUUUCUUCUGGGAGUUCGAUGUUUCCUUCAAGUUCUACCACAAAUAUUUUCAAUUCGAGUGCAACUCUUGGACUCGGAACAUCCGCUUCCUCUUCGGCAGUCAGCACUAUUAGCUCUAAUAGUGGUACAAACUCUACUUUAUUUGGGGCUUCUAGUCGGCAGCCCAGCAAUUCUGCGUUUGGUUCAACAUUUAGUUCGGCACCUUCGUCUGGGUUUUCCUUUGGAACGCCCAGUGCUUCUGUUGCUUCCACCACCAGUUCACCCACAAUGUUUGCAUCAACCACCACUGCAUCAGCUCCUCAGUUCUCAUUCACUUCAGCUGCAGCCUCGACCUCCACACAGCCUGCUUUUGGAAACCCUAACCCUGCCUUUUCUUUUGGUUCAGCUCCAGUUAAUAAUGAUCAGAUGAGUAUGGUGGACAGCAUGGCCGAGGACAAUGUUCAAGCGACUCCACCAUCCAGUCCUAUGUUUGGUCAACAACCUGCCCCAGUUCAAUCAAAUUUUGUAUUUGGAGCAUCCACUCAUUCAGGAACCAGUCCUUUCCAGUUUGCUAGUCAACAGAACGUUGUUCCACAGAACCCCUCUCCAUUUCAGGCUACCGGCAGUCUGGAAUUUAAUGCAGGAGGGGGAAGUUUUUCAUUGGGCUCGGGUGGUGGUGAUAAGUCUGGUCGAAAAAUUAUUAAAGUUAAACAUAGAAACCGUAAGAAGUAA